GGUUGAUUACGUUAGUAAUCACCAACACAAACCACUUUACGCGUGAUCGUCCGGCCCGUUGUAAUUCCUGUACGCGCUCGCGACUCCGACGCGUUUCGCUCCCACUUGGACUUUUACUUUGAGCUUCAUUUGCAAGAGCCCAAUUGUCCCAAUCGCCCUUCGUUAUGCUCCUGAUCGAGCUCCAGGAACUUCUUUAAGAGGGACAAUUUGCACUUAACGAACUGUUCUUGCACCUCUUAACGGAGUGCCCUGAUAUUAGAGUUGAUAGCCACCAUGUCUAGUCUGUUUGACGCCAUUCUACAGUCCGAACUGGGCUCUAACCCAGGAAGCAGGGAAAGACCGUUUCCGUCCUCAGAUCAACCACCCAGCUCCCGACAUCAUGCUCCAUCAGAAAGCAAUGGCCAAAUGAGUGAGGCGGAGGGAUUCGCAGAUGAUCAAGUUGUUGGCCCGGGCGGUUCCCUCGCUAGACACCCAAGACAUCCCCUCUACGGGAGAGGACCUCCACCUGUCCAGGAUGUUGCAGGCGAAAAAGUGCAACAAGCGUUCGAAGAAUUAUUGGAGACACAUGUUGAAGAGCCCUCAUCCUCAGGCGUUCCUCCGUCGUCCGAAAUACCCAGCAACAAAUACUACAUUGCGCAAAUUCAUGGUUUACAACGAUACCAGCUUUCCACCCUCUACGUCGACUUUACACACCUAACCUCCCUUUCAAACCAAAUUCUGGCUGAUGCUAUUGCUAAUCAAUAUUACCGAUUCCAACCUUACCUGACCAAAGCUCUCCACAAUCUUAUUGCCAAAUACGAACCCCAGUACUUCAGAGAGCAUAGACAGAUAAACAGCACGUCAUCCCAGGCCGCCACGUCAGCCGUAGCAGUCGACAGCACGGAGCCUGACUCGUUAGCAGGAAAGACAAGGCACCAGCAAACAGACAAGGUGUUUUCAUUGGCUUUCUACAACCUGCCGCUUGUCUCGAGACUGCGACAACUCCGAACUGCUCAGAUAGGGAAGCUGCUUUCAAUAUCUGGGACUGUGACAAGAACUUCUGAAGUUCGCCCAGAACUUGCGUUAGGCACUUUCAUUUGCGAGGGCUGUAACGCAGUUGUUGAAGAAGUGGAACAGACAUUCAAAUAUACUGAACCCACACAAUGCCCAAAUCUGACAUGUGGGAAUCGUGUCGGCUGGCGACUAGAUAUCCGUCAGAGCACGUUUGUCGACUGGCAGAAAGUAAAGUUGCAGGAAUCGUCGCAUGAAAUACCAACAGGUAGCAUGCCACGCACGAUGGACAUUAUUUUACGAGGAGAGAUGGUCGAUCGAGCCAAAGCCGGAGAGAGGUGUAUUUUCACUGGCACACUUAUUGUUGUCCCGGACGUUAGCCAGCUAGGUCUCCCUGGUGUCCGACCAGAAGCUACUAGAGACAAUGGGAACUUUCGCGGCAGUGACGUCGGUGGAAGUGGAGUGAGCGGCUUGAAAUCACUGGGCGUUCGCGACCUCACAUAUCGUCUCGCGUUCCUUGCCUGUAUGGUAACUCCUGAUCUCACCACUCCUGGCCGCCCAACUUCCCAGCAACUGAAUGGCCAAUCACAAAACAUCCUUGCUUCCUUGAAUCAAACCGACCAGCUAGAAACCUACGAGGAUGAGGCGCAGGACCGACUACUCGAAACACUUACGCCUUACGAAGUACAGGAUCUUAAAAAAUUAGUUCAUUCGGACUACAUCUAUUCGCGAUUAGUGGACUCGAUUGCUCCCAUGAUUUAUGGACACCGAGCUAUUAAAAAGGGCUUACUAUUGCAAUUAAUUGGCGGAGUAUCCAAAACCACGCAACAGGAAAACAUGCAAAUCCGUGGAGACAUUAACAUAUGCAUAGUUGGAGACCCUUCCACGAGUAAAAGUCAAUUUUUGAAGUACAUCUGUUCACUGAACCCUCGAGCUGUAUACACUAGUGGAAAAGCAUCUUCAGCCGCUGGGUUAACUGCUUCAGUCGUCAAAGACCCAGAGACUGGCGAGUUUACCAUAGAAGCUGGAGCUUUGAUGCUUGCGAACGGAGGCGGCAUUUGCGCCAUCGACGAAUUUGACAAGAUGGACAUUAGCGACCAAGUCGCUAUCCACGAAGCAAUGGAACAACAAACUAUCUCCAUUGCUAAAGCCGGCAUUCACACUACCCUUAAUGCACGCGCAAGUAUUCUUGCCGCUGCAAACCCAAUCGGUGGGAGAUACAACCCCAAAGCCACCCUUCGGGCAAAUCUCAAUUUCAGCGCCCCUAUUAUGAGUCGCUUUGAUCUUUUCUUUGUUAUCCGUGAUGACCCCAAUGAGGCCGUGGAUAGAAACCUCGCUGAACACAUCGUCAAUGUCCAUAUGAACCGCGACGAUGCUGUCGAACCGGACCUCACCACCGAGCAGCUGCAAAGGUAUAUCAGGUUUGCCCGAACCUUUCGACCUGUUUUCACCGAAGAAGCCAAGGCGUUGCUCGUGGAGAAAUACAAGGAACUCCGUGCCAACGACGCUCAAGGUGGACUCGGAAGAAGUAGCUAUCGCAUUACAGUCAGACAGCUAGAAAGUUUGAUCCGAUUAUCUGAAGCAGUUGCAAAGGCCAACUGUGUUGAAGAGAUCGUUCCUAGUUUCGUCCGCGAAGCGUUCGAUCUUCUCAGGCAGAGCAUUGUUACCGUUGAAAAAGAUGACGUGGAGGUUGAUGAUGAAGCUGGUGACCAACCUGCCAAUAACUCCUCUGAGAUUCGCGAUGGCACUCCUCGCUGGGAUAGGGAUAGAGAUAGCCCGAUGCGCACAGGUGAUGAUGACGAUCAUGUGAAUGGACCUGGUGCUACAACACAGCAGCCUCAAACACAGAAAACGAAGAUUACAUACGACAAAUAUAUGCGAAUUCUUAACAUUCUUGUCCGGCGCGUUAACGAUGAUGAGGCCAAUGCAGGGGAAGGGGUGGAGCAGGAGGAUUUGAUAGUUUGGUAUCUUGAACAGAUUGAAUCGGAGUUGAACAGUGAGGAGGAGAUGGAAGCUGAGCGGUCACUGGCCGUUAAAGUACUCAAGAGGAUGGUUAAGGACAAUAUCCUCAUGCUCAUCCGCGGUGAAGGCCUGGUCGAGUCCGACAACUCACAGCAACUGCAACAGGAGCAAAGAGCUGUGUACGUCUUGCAUCCUAACUGUGCGAUCGAGGAGAUAUAAGAUUAUUCGUCACAUUGCUUCUAACGAUGCUCGGUUAUCAAAAUCCCGAAACGCACCACACGCGAUAUUUCCCUUUCCUCGAUAGUUGUGAUUGAUAUACGAGAUCAUGCUUGGUGUAGGAUUGUUAGUCGGUCAGGGCUGGGAUUUGAAUUAUUUGACCAGAGGCGCGUUUUCAGUAUCAUUAUUUACUGCUUGCAUACAGACGUACCUUAUAACGUUGAUGAUUCAUUUUCCUCCGCUUUUCGCGGAUAUUGUGUAAUUCAUAAUAUAAGAUUUCACGAAGCUCAAUUGUAUUCAGGAGUCGCUUCUCUGCGGCUCAUUAAAACCCGAAUGCGAACUCGGGCCUUGCGCCUCCACUAAAAAUUCGUGAACCAAGACAAAACUUGCAAAGUUGGUUAAAAACAAAUCAUCGCCUGCCGUCUGUACUGUGUCCCGGAAUAGUUCAAUGUUGAAGAGAAUCUAGGGGGUCCAGUACUAUGCAGUAUCGGCAAACAAAAGGGAAUGAGCGCAUGUUGCUCCCGAGAGGAGAACACAAAGUGUCUUCCCAACUUGAAGAGAAACACAGAAAGCUUCCAGCAUCGCCAGCAGGGAAGCAGAAAGAAAACUGAACAAAAAGAAAGUAGGACUCGGAUGAGUCCAUAAACUAUAUUGGCUUUUUCAUGCGUGAGCAUCAACUUAAAGAGGAAUGAAUAGUUGGUGAGCGAACAAGAGUCUUAGCCCCGUCCAUUUCUGAGCUUGUAGAACAAAACUAGAAAAGACAAUAGGAAAAAAGAACAGGAAUCCACAAUGAAAAUACUAGAGCCUCAUGUGCACAGGCAGUCAGUUCACCUAAUUGCGAUUCAGCUUUUCAGGAGUCUCCGGUAGCCUCAGGGCUUUCGGGAUUGAAACCCAGAGCUAACCCUACCCAGGUAGCUCCGGACCGACCAGAUUCAACGGCCCCUAAAUGCCGAAAAUGUCACUGCCCUCGCUGGCUACCGCAAA